GUUUGUAGCUGACACAUGCGCAGUACGCGUGUACGUCGUGUUCCCAAACAGCAACCGAGGCAGGGUAGCGAAAGCAGAAGGGACUUUGAAGUAUUUGGGCACACAUUUCUCCAAGUAACAUACAACACUUUUGCUUUUACUUCCUCAGUGUGGACACACUUUUGGCAACCAUCCACCAUGGCUGCGGCUGCUGCUGCUGUUGUUGCUAAAUCCCCCAAAGGCAGCCUGAGAGAGGACCUGACAUGUGCCAUAUGUUGUGACCUGUUCCGGGAGCCUGUCAUGUUGGCCUGUAUGCACCACUUCUGCAAACCCUGCAUCUCCAGGUACUGGAGAGGGACUCAGGGGCCCGUGACCUGCCCGCAAUGUCGCAAGGAGUUCAGCUCCAAGCAGUUCCAAACUAACUACCUUGUGACAGCCAUGGUGGAGAAGGUCCGGGCCACCACCUCGGACACGUAUAUCAAAAACCUAGAGAAACAACUGAAAGAGACUUUGGAAAGCCAUCGCCAGAAAAAGGAGGAUGUCAUCAACAGUAUUCGCAGAGACAAAGACAAGAUGGAUACCAUAAAGAGAUUCGGAGCAGAUCUUGAGGCUCGUGUCAAAGGGGAAUUCAGAGCUCUUUAUCAGAUGUUGCAUGACGAGGAGACCUGCGUGCUGGAGCAGCUGAGGAGAGAGCAGGAGGAGGAGCUGGAGAAAGUCCAGCGCCACCUGGAGGCCAUGGAGAUGGCCGUGAGGGAGCUGGAGGAUAAUAUGAGAGCACUACAGCAGGCUAGCGGCGCCACUGAGAACGUCAUGCUGACUGAGCUCCCACAGCUAAGGUCAUGUGUGCUGGUGGAUGUUGCCCCGGAGUUUGAUACAAACGCUUUCAGCAACAAAUACUUGGCCCCAUUACAGUACAUCACAUGGAGGAAGAUGUUCAAGUCUUUGGAGCCAGGUCCUUCUCCAUUAACGUUUGAUGUCGACACAGCGCACCCGAACAUUCAAGUCUCCAGGGACAAAACGGCGGCAGUUGAAUGUGACGUCAUGAUCCCACAUACGGACCACAACAAGCGUUUCCUCCAGUGCGUCAACAUUUUGGCUGCCCAGGGCUUCCAGUCAGGCCGACACUACUGGGAGGUAGAAGUGGGCUCUAAGCCCAAGUGGGACCUGGGCGUGGCGUCUGAGGCCGUAGACAGGCAAGCUCGGAUCAAGCUGAGCCCCGAAACCGGCUACUGGACGCUGAGGCUGCGGAAUGGGAGCGAGUACUCGGCCGGCACACAGCCCUGGACGAGGCUGCAGAUCGGCUCGUCCCCUCAGAGGCUCGGGGUUUUCUUAGACUGCGACGAGAGGAGGGUGUCCUUCUACAACGCCGGUGAUAUGAGUCUUCUCUACUCGUUCACCAACGGGCCGAGGGGCAAGGUAUUCCCCUUCUUCAGCCCAUGCAUUAGUGACCGCAGUCAAAAACCUCCACCAAUCAAACUCCUCCACUACCCUCAUGUUGCUCUGUCAGGCUAACAUGGGUGGAAAAGCUUUUCAUUCACUUAUUGGCCAAUGACUGUUAUCACGCAGCUUUAAAAAACAGUCCUACAUUCUGUUACUAUAUCGAUUUAAAAAUGUCAGAUUAUUCUAUUAUUUUCCAUGCUUUAAUGAUUGGGCAUUACCAGAUGCAUCCAGUUUUUGUAAUAAACCUUAACAGCCUUGAAAUGAUAAGGAAAUAGCCAUACUCACUGUAUGAUACAAUUCCAUUGUGCUGUAAUUAUUUGGAAGAGGCUCAUUCGAUUUGCAGGAGCAGUCAGCAGAAACAU